GUGUACGAGGUCGUGCCCUGCCACAGCGACUGCAGCCAGUACGUGUGGGUUACUGAGCCCUGGAGCGUCUGCAAGGUGACCAAUGUGGACUUAAAGGAGAACUGUGGAGAAGGUGUUCAGACAAGGAAAGUCAGGUGCAUGUUAAACACUGUGGAUGGUCCUUUGGACACUGUAGAGGACUAUCUGUGUGAUCCUGAAGAUAUGCCACUUGGGGCUAGAAAAUGCACAUUGCCGUGCCCUGAGGACUGUGUUAUGUCUGAAUGGGGAUCGUGGUCUCGAUGUUCUUUGCCAUGCAAUGGAAGUAAUGUCCGUGAAAGGUCAGCUGAAUCCCUGAGACAACCUGACAAUGGCAAGUCUUGUCCUGCUGCCACCGAAACAGAAGCCUGCACUUUGAACAAAAACUGCUACCACUACGACUACAAUGUGACAGACUGGAGCACAUGUCAACUCAGCGAGAAGGCUGUCUGUGGUAAUGGCAUCAAAACACGGAUGCUCGAUUGUGUUCGCAGUGAUGGCAAAUCGGUUGACCUGAAGUACUGCGAAGAGCUUGGUUUGGAGAAGACAUGGCAAAUGAAUAUGUCCUGUGUGGUGGAAUGUCCUGUGAACUGUCAGCUCUCUGACUGGUCCCCUUGGUCUGAGUGCUCUCAAACAUGUGGCCUUACAGGAAAAAUGAUCAGAAGAAGGACCAUAAAUCAGCCAUUUCAGGGUGAUGGGAGGCCUUGUCCUUCUCAGAUGGAGCAAUUUAAACCCUGUCCAGUAAAACCUUGCUAUCGAUGGCAAUACGGUCAAUGGUCUGCGUGCAAAGUAGAGGAUGCUCAGUGUGGAGAGGGAACACGAGUGAGGAACAUUUCCUGUGUGGUUUUUGAUGGAUCCAUGGAAGAUACUGGCAAAGUAGUAGAUGAGGAAUUCUGUGGAGAAAUAGAGCCUAUUAUAGAUGGCAAUAAGAAGAUGAUACUUGAGGAAACUUGCACUGUCCCUUGUCCAGGGGACUGUUACUUGAGAGAGUGGUCGGAAUGGAGCCUCUGUCAGCUGACCUGUGUUAAUGGGGAGGAUCUUGGCUUUGGAGGGAUCCAAGUCCGAUCUCGGGCAGUGAUCAUUCAGGAAUUAGAGAAUCAACAUCUCUGUCCAGAACAGGCUUUGGAAACAAGACCAUGCAAUGAUGGCCAGUGCUAUGAGUACAAGUGGAUGGCUAGCCCCUGGAAGGGAUCAUCUCGAACCGUGUGGUGCCAGAGGUCAGAUGGUUUAAAUGUCACAGGGGGCUGUUUAGUGAUGCGCCAGCCAGACGCUGACAGGUCAUGUAACCCACCCUGCAGUCAACCCCACGCUUACUGCAGUGAGACUAGAGCGUGCAGUUGUGAAGACGGAUACACGGAAGUUACGUCCUCCGAUGGCACACUCGAACAGUGCACUCUCAUCCCAGUGGUGGUGAUCCCCACCAUGGAGGACAAAAAGGGAGAUGUGAAAACCAGUCGAGCCGUGAACCCCACCCAGCCCUCCAGUAACCAGUCAGGACGAGGAAGGACCUGGUUUCUACAGCCUUUUGGGCCAGAUGGGAGGCUGAAGACCUGGGUUUAUGGUGUAGCUGCUGGUGCAUUUGUUUUACUCAUCUUUAUUGUUUCUAUGAUCUAUCUAGCCUGCAAAAAGCCAAAGAAGCCCCAGAGAAGGCAGAACAACCGACUGAAACCUUUAACCUUGGCUUACGAUGGAGAUGCAGAUAUGUAAAACGUAACUUCUCAUGGUGACAAAUGGAGUCUAAAGUAAUGGAUUGAAAUCAGAAGGUAUCCAAAGCCACAGGGAUUUUCUAUGGAGUGGAUUAAGUGUUUUGACUUUUUCUUUUUUUUCUGUAACUGCGCCAUAGAUAAAGACGGAUGGAUUUCAUAAUGCCUACGGAUAUUCAAGGUAUUAUCGCUUUACUGUAGACCAUCAGCACUGAGAGAGCUGGCAGAAUCACGUUAAUAAGACACUGCAGCUGGAGAUUUGUGGUCUUUCCUGGGUCUUGCAAACUAGAAGCACCACUUCUGUCUCCAGAAUACUGUAGCUGACAUAGCUGACAGCUGGAAGCCCCUGCAACAUUAACCAAGUAUAAUCAGUACGCAUGAAGAGUUUGUACCAAGCUAUCUAUGACUCUUUAUAUUCAAGCGUAACAUAUAUACUCCGUUGAACCAUAUAUAUUACUCUAUC